AUGAAGGCGGACGAGGCGUUUGCAAAGCUGUGUCCGAAUGACAAUGUGACGACGUACUGCGCCUCGCCUCCUUCGACCGGCGUGUGCUGCGGCAUCUGUCCCAAUUCGGGCAUCUCAGGACUCGGCGGUCAUGUUUCCCUCCUCUUCUCUACACUCGCGUCCCUCACGGCGAUUGCAAUGGCGCCGCAGUCAGCGCCGACCUCGCUCAUCAGCAGCCUGAUCCAAGCCAACGCCUAUGCGGUUACACUCCUUGGAUACCUCUUGUCGGAUGCGAGCGGGCUAGGCGAGCUCCCUUCGACCUACUUCUUCCAUGCGAGCUACGCGCUCAUGCUCGCUUUCUCUUCCCUCAUUCCCCUUGCCGCAAUCGCCGCCAGUCCGCCCUGGGCUAUCACAGGUCAGAAGUCGCCGGAGGAGCGGAAAGAAGAGGCGCAGCGAAUGGUCCUCGACGUCGUGCAAGAGCUCGACAAUUCGGGAAGCAGCGACGACGAUGACGAGCGGCGGGACCUGCGACGGCGGCGAAAGAAGCGACGAGCGAAGCUGAUUCGCAUCAUCAACGAGGAUCCGGGACUCGUUCUCGACCUGGGAAGGUCGGGCGGACCUUGCGGCAUUCCCAGCUCACACUGGAUGCUGUACAUCGGUUUCUUCGUCUCAGUGGUACUGUGGGGUUUCGUGUUGUACUUGGGCGUGUUGGGUGGAGCGACGGGAUCGACCCGGAUCGCUUUGUCGCAGCCCAACUGCACAGCGGGACUUGGAAAUGUCGCCGCUCUCAUGGUCUACGCCAACAUCGCCUUCAUGUUCAUCGGCAUCGCCAUCUUUGUCGCGACAAUCGUCAACCAUCUCAUGCACGACGUUGCGGGCGCCCUCAACCGCCAAGUCGAGCUCGAAUACAGCGGCAGCCCCAAACUCGUGUUUGGCGUCGCCUUUACGCUUUGGCUCCUCUGGUUUGGCGUGUCGUUCUCUCUCUACUUUGCGGCCGGCAACGCCAACCUCCUCUCGGCGGGCGAGUUCUCGUGGGGAUUCGGAUCGGUCUUCUCGGCGUUGAUGAUUCUGGUACCGGGAUACUCGAUCAUUAAGACGCUGUUAUCGCUGCGAUAA